AUGUCAAUCGCGGUUGUUGAUGAUAGCCUUCGUCAUCGUCAAUCCGCCGCCGUCACCGUCUUCCUCCAGCAGCCAAGUUAUCUCUCGCAGCCCGAAUGCCAUCAUCUACGUCGGUGUCUGGUUCGGCGUCCGAAACUUCCAUCAGAGUCUUCCCUUCACAUAAUCACGAUCGAAUUUCUUCUGCUUGCCGCCACCGACAUCGACCGACCGGUCAAGGAUAGGGCUCCGCCCAAAUCACCCUGCAUUUACAUAUCAAAAUCAAAAUCGAAAUUGAUGAACCAUUACGUCGAUGAGAUCUUAGCGGGGCAGAGAACGACUGGUCGAAAGGGAGCUGACUGGGCCCUGAUGUGUGAAGAAAGGGAAGACGGCGGCGGUGACGCGGCGGCAGAGCAGUGGAAACAUGGCGCUGUCGUGUGUCUAGAAGGAUUCUCCGGCGGAUGUAAAUAA